UACAGGCGUCUAGUCACAAAUUAAAAUGUGUCUUUUCUUGUGUAUCAAUCAUGAAGGUCACUCAUCAGAAUUGCCGCUUUUCCUCAGACAACAACUGAGAAAAUGUUUUAAUUUGAUAAAAGAUGUUUGCUAAUCCUUACUUGUGUGUAUAUAAACAGAAAUGUGUUAAUAUCUAAUAUUAACCACUAAAAAUGCAAUUCCUUCGACAGUUAUUCAGAAAUAAACGAUCCCAGCUGAGUGAUAAAUUGAAAAACACAAAUUUUCAAAUGAGUGGCAGUGAUCUCACUAUUUUGGAAAAUGGAAUUUUCACGGGAACUGGCAAUUUUGGAGCAGUUUUUCAAAUGGUUAUGCUGAACAAAUAAUACAUCUGUCUAACGUUUGUUUCAUGUCAACUGUUU